UCAAGUCAGCACUGACCCAGCAGUGCCUAAAAGUGUCAAUAUUUUUAGUAAUUUAUUGAACGAAAAUUUUUGAUAUAUAUAAGAGUUUUAAUUAAGAGUAAUUUAAAAUGUUUACCACUGUAAGAAAUUCUCUUCUGCUACAAAUUAAAAAAUAUGGACAACGAAGGUACAUAAGAUAUUCAUUAGAUUCCUUUUCCAAUAAUUUAAAUCGACGACAAGCUGAGGAAUCGUCGGCAAUUGUCUGCCAAUCAUGUGGUCAACCAACAGCAAUAACGCAUCCUCAUUUAAUGAAGGAAGGAGAAGUUGUACCAGGUAUUCAACUGGAUGAGUUCAAAAAGAGACGAGAAAAAUUAACAAAGAGUAUCGUUUCGCAUGCUUCUAUUGGAAAUCUUAAUGAACCACAUAUUGUAAUUAUCCCAUCUUCAUCUAAAGUAUACAUGUCUGGUAAAAUACCAUAUGUUUUUCGCCAAAAUACAGAUUUUUUGUAUCUCACUGGUUGUCAAGAACCAGACAGUAUUUUGGUAAUAAUAGCAAAGAAUGAAAAUUUUAUGACUACAUUAUUUGUGGCACCGCAAGAUGAACAUUCUGAAUUGUGGGAUGGUCCUAGAAGCGGGGUUGAAAGAGCACCUAAAAUGUUUGGCAUUGAUUUAGCUCUACCAAUAACUGAAUUUGAACAAUUUUUUGUCUCUUUUAUGAAGGAGAAUAAAAAAAACACCAUUUGGUAUGAUAAUAUUGACAUAGUACAGUCAAAUUUACACAGAAAAUUAUGUGAAUUAAUAAAAUUCACUAAUAGUCAAAAGUUCAUUUCUCCAACAAAUAUAAUACAUAAAAUCAGAUUAAUUAAAUCACAAUCUGAAAUAGACUUGAUGAAAAAGAGCUGUGAAAUUAUUUCAGCUGCAAUAUCUAAAACAAUAGAAGUUUCAAAACCAAAAAUGAGCGAACACCAUUUAUUUGCAAUUGUAGAUUAUGAAAGUCGUAUGAAUGGUGCAGAAUUUUUAGCGUAUCCACCAGUUAUUGCAGCAGGCAAAAAUUCCAAUGUCAUCCAUUAUAUUAGUAACAAUCAAAUCAUUCGAAAUGGAGAAAUGGUUUUAAUGGAUGCUGGUUGUGAAUAUCAUGGUUACUCAUCAGAUGUAACUAGAACAUGGCCAAUUAAUGGCACUUUUACUCAGGAACAAAAAAUUAUAUACGAUGUAGUAUUGGAUGUUCAAAAGACUUUAAUUCGUCGAUUGAAAGAAUUUCCUUCAUUAGAUCAAUUAUAUCACGAUAUGUGUUCCUUGCUAAGCAAAAGAUUACAAGAAAUUAGAUUAAUACCAAAAGAUUUGAGUAGAGCUGAGUUAUUUUCUGCAGUUCAUACUUAUUGUCCUCACCAUGUCAGUCACUAUUUGGGAAUGGACAUACAUGACACAGGAAAAAUGUCUAGAAACUUGAAACUUCAACCAGGGAUGAUAAUUACGGUAGAACCUGGUAUAUAUAUUAAUCACAAAAAUAAAUUUGCUCCACCAGAAUUUUAUGGUUUAGGUGUACGCAUUGAGGAUGAUAUUUUAAUAACAGAAAGUGGUCCAGUAAUCUUAACAGAAACAUGUCCAAAAGAGAUUAAUGAAAUAGAAGCCUUAGCAAGUCAAAAUUUAUGAUAACAGCUAUUAUAUAGUAAGAGUUCAGUUUUAUAAAUGUUUUAGUUUAUAUACAUUGUUUAUUUCCUUUUAUUUUAGAAUAGGAAAAUAGUAUGCAAAAUUGUGACAUUCUUGCCUUACUCAAAGAUUUGUUUAAAUGCAAAUAUAUGAAUGUUAUAUACUUGUAACCAAUAGAGCAUAACUAGAAGAAACAAUAACACGAUAUACACAAAAAGAGCUAACAUGAACAUUUAUGUACGAUAUUAAAUUCAUUAGUUAAUUCAGUCAAAUGAUAUCAGUAAACGAAAAAAGAAAAUUUAUUCGUCAUUUGCGAUUAGGUGUCGAAAGGUAUUCGCCAUGUAUUAUUUCUUAAUCCGUAUCAGCAUCUGCGAUCAGACAUGCAACAAUUAGCAUUUAAAUUAUAAAACUAACUUAUGAAACUAUAUGAAUAUUAAAUACGUACUCGAAAAUA